AUGUGCAAAUGGCCGGACAAGCUGCGCUUGCCCCCCGGACUGUAUCUGGUGGGAACACCUAUCGGCAACUUAGAAGAUGUUACCAUCAGGUGGGUGCGGUUACCAUCAGGUGGGUGCGGUUACCAUCAGGUGGGUGCGGUUACCAUCAGGGCGCUGAGGGUGCUGCGCUGUGCCGACCUCAUUCUUGCAGAGGACACUCGCCGCUCGGUCAAGCUGCUGCGCUUCUACGGCAUCACCACACCCAUGCCUGUUACAACGUUCCAACGUGCUAUACCUCCCUCCGGUCCGUCUGUUUUGUACAAUGUGCAGAUGAGUUACCAUGCCUUCAAUGCCACGGCUCGUCGAGAGGCUCUCAUUGGUCGGAUGCGAUCCGGCCAAUCGCUCGCGCUCGUGUCUGACGCAGGCAUGCCGGGCGUCAGCGACCCCGGUGCUGACCUGGUCGCCGCGUGCGCUGAGUCAGCAGUCCCUGUCAGCGUGAUUCCCGGCCCCUCUGCUGCCACCACUGCGGUUGCGGCUGCUGGCUUUCUCACCAACGGCUUCACCUUCUCGCUUUGUGUCGCACAAGCUGCUCUCCUCCCUCGUCCAUGCCUCCUUCAUUGCAUUGCCCAUCCAGUGGGGUUCCUCCCAGAGCGAUCGGCAGUGAGGCAGCGUCGGCUAAAGGAAGCAGCGCAGGGGGAGGCGAUGCAGGUGCUGUUUGUGGCUCCACACAAGCUGCUCUCCUCGCUCUCCCACUGCGUUGACGCCUUUGGCCCGGACCGCCCGUGCCUCGUGGCUCGGGAACUCACCAAACUGCAUGAAGAGCUGUGGCGAGGAACGCUCUCAGAGGCACUUGCGGAAUACACGGCACGCGGGCCAAAAGGGGAAUUUACCCUGGUAAUUGACGGGCUGCCCCGAAAGGACCUGGAGGCAUCGCAGCAGACAGGAGAGGAGGAGGUGACAGCUUAUCUUGAGAAGCUGAUUCACGUCGGCACACCCCCCUCCCAGGCUGCAAGGAUGGCAGCAGAGACAUUGCGAGUGAAGCGCAAGCAGGCCUACGCUCUCGCUCUCGCCAUUUCAAAUCGCUUGCAAGAAGCACAGGGACAAGGGGAAGAGCAGGAAGGACGAGGGGGAGAAGCAGAAAGUUUAGGGGGAGCAGUACAGGGUGAAAGUUGA